AUGGCCACCAAGGACACCUCAGCAGCCACCAGGAAAGCCUUGGUAGGAGCAGUGACCACCAAGAAGGUGGCUGUGACCACCAAGAACCCUUCAGUGGCCACCCACAAUGCUGCAGUGGUGGCGGCCACCAAGAAUGCCAUGGUGGUGGCCACCACCCAGAAUGCUGCAGUGGUGGCCACUGCCAACACCUCUGCGGCCACCAAGAACGCAUUGGCAGCCACCAAGGACACCUCAGCAACCACCAGGAGUGCCGUGGUGGUGGUGACUACCAAGGAGGCCUCGAUGGCCACCAAGAACAACUUGGUGGUGGUCAGGGCCACCAAGAAUGCAUUGGCAACCACCAAGGACACCUCAAUGGUGACCGUGGCCACCAAGAGCAACUCAAUGGUGACCAUGGCCAUCAAGAACACCUUGGCAGCCCCAAAGAAUACCAUGAUGGUGGUGGCAACUACCAAGGAGGCUUCAGCAGCCACCAAGAGCACCUCAAUGGUGACCAUGGCCACCAAGAACACCUCAGCAGCCACCAAGAAUGCCGUGGUGGUGGUGGCAGCUACCAAGGAGGCUUCAGCAUCCACCGGGAACAGCUCAGUGGUGGUGGUCACCAACAAUGCCACAGUGAUGGCCACCACCACCAAUGCCUCUCUGGUGGCCACCAACACCUCUAUGGAGGGAGCAGAGGAGACCAUGCAAACCUGCCAGAGCUUUCAGUGCUCAGGAGAGCGGUGUUACCAGGAUGGAGCCCAUGCCAACACAACAGCCACCUGCCAUAACCAGACUCACUGCCAGAUGAAGAAGAUGGGCUUGAAUUACAUGGCAGGAUGCAGCAGAGCCUGCAAGGCUGCCAAACCAGCCUGUGCUGCUGGGGUGAAGGCUGCCUGCUACCAGGAGUGCUGCCCAGCCACCCCAAAGGGCAGCUGUCUGAAACUGGAUGGCAAAGUUCACCUCAACAGCGCCGGGCAGGCAGCACUGGCCCCACUCCUGCAGCUCAUGGCAUGUGGGGUGGUUCUCCUCCUGAAUUUCAGGGUCUCCACCUCCCUCUGGGGGUAG